GGUGGGUGAGUGGGAGCGGCGGGUGGCGGGUGGGGCCUCCGCGGGCGGAGGCGCCGGGAGCUGGGGCGACGCCUGUCAUCGCUCCAGGCCCAGCGACAGGACGCGGCAACAUCUCCGUUGCUGCGCUCGGCCCGGGGCGUGCCCGCGGCUGCUCCCACCUCUGGGCCCCGGCUGGGGCCGCCCGGGGGCUCUGGUUGCUCGGUGUUACGGGCUGGCGGGCAGAGCCUCGGACCCGGGCUCUCUUUCCCCGAGGGCGGCGGCGUGGGGCCCCGGCCGGCUGGCUGACCCACGGCGACUCCGGCCAUGCCCAGCUUGCCCUGGGGGCUCCUGCUGACCGCAGGCACGCUCUCGGCCGCGCUGAGCCCGGGGCCGCCAGCGCCCGCCGACCCCUGCCAUGACCAGGGAGGCGCGCCCCGGAGCUGCGUGCCCGGCCUGGUGAACGCGGCCUUGGGGCGCGAGGUACUGGCGUCCAGCACAUGCGGGCGGCCGGCCACGCGGGUCUGCGACGCCUCGGAUCCGCGGCGGGCACACCCUGCCGCCCUCCUGACCUCCGCAGGGAGCACCGCAAACCCUGUGUGCUGGCGUUCCGACUCGCUGAGGAAGGCGCCCCUCAACGUGACCCUCACAGUGCCCCUGGGCAAGGCUUUUGAGCUGGUGUUCGUGAGCUUGCGCUUCUGCUCAGCACCCCCUGCCUCGGUGGCCCUGCUCAAGUCACAGGAUCAUGGGCGCAGCUGGGCCCCGCUGGGCUUCUUUUCCUCCCACUGUGGCCUGGACUAUGGCCGCCUGCCUGCCCCUGCCGAUGGCCCAGCUGGCCCCGGGCCUGAAGCUCUUUGCUUCCCUGAGCCCCAGGCCCAGCCUGAUGGUGGUGGCCUUCUGGCCUUCAGUGUGCAGGAUGGCAGCCCGCCAGGCCUGGAUCUGGACAGCAGCCCAGUGCUCCAAGACUGGGUGACCGCCACAGACAUUCGAGUAGUGCUCACAAGGCCUGCCAUGCUGGGGGACACCAGGGACUCUGAGACCAUGGUCCCUUACUCUUACUCAGCCACUGAGCUCCAGGUGGGCGGGCGCUGCAAGUGCAAUGGGCAUGCCUCCAGGUGCCUGCUGGACACCCAGGGUCACCUGAUCUGCGACUGCCGACAUGGAACCGAGGGCCCUGACUGCGGCCGCUGCAAGCCCUUCUACUGUGACAGGCCAUGGCAGAGAGCCACGGCUCGGGAAGCCCACGCCUGCCUUGCUUGCUCCUGCAAUGGCCAUGCCCGCCGCUGCCGCUUCAACAUGGAGCUGUACCGACUGUCUGGCCGCCGCAGUGGCGGUGUCUGCCUCAACUGCCGGCACAAUACCGCCGGCCGCCACUGCCAUUACUGCCGAGAGGGCUUCUAUCGAGACCCUGGCCGUGCCCUGAGUGACCGCCGUGCUUGCAGGGCCUGUGACUGUCACCCUGUUGGUGCCGCUGGCAAAACCUGCAACCAGACAACAGGCCAGUGUCCCUGCAAGGAUGGUGUCACCGGCCUCACCUGCAACCGCUGCGCCCCUGGCUUCCAGCAGAGCCGCUCUCCGGUGGCACCCUGCGUUAGCCAUUCUCCCACCUUCUCUGCAGAGACCCCUGUCCCUGGACCCACUGAGGAGAGCAACCCUGUGGAGCCCCAGAACUGCGACUUGCACUGCAAACCCGCCCGAGGCAGCUACCGCAUCAGCCUGAAGAAGUUCUGCAGGAAGGACUACGCUGUGCAGGUGGCGGUGGGCGCGCGCGGCGAGGCGCGCGGCUCGUGGACGCGCUUCCCGGUGGCCGUGCUCGCCGUGUUCCGGAGCGGCGAGGAGCGCGCGCGGCGCGGGAGCAGCGCUCUGUGGGUGCCGGCGAGGGACGCGGCCUGCGGCUGCCCGCGCCUACUGCCGGGACACCGCUACCUGCUGCUGGGGGGCGGGCCGGGGGCAGCGGCAGGGGACCCUGGGGGCCGGGGGCCCGGGCUCAGCGCCGCCCGCGGGAGCCUCGUGCUGCCAUGGCGGGACGCGUGGACGCGGCGUCUUCGGAGGCUGCAGCGGCGCGAGCGGCGGGGGCGCUGCGGGGCGGCAUGAGCUCGUAGGCCGGGCGGGGUCCGGGCGGGGCGCUGCUCCCACAUCAAGGCGCACGUUCAUCCAGUGCAUUCGCCUGCCGAGGAGUCUUUGCUCGCGUCGCGCGUGUCGCCAUCUGGGCCCCCGCCCCGACCCUGCCGGGCGCCUCCCUUGGUGCCUGGCGCCUGUGCCCAGAUGGGGUGUGACGGACGCAGCGACACCCCGCCCCGACAGAGAAGGAUGUGAUAUCCCCACAGGGCUGCUUCGAGGCUCCCUUGAGCAGUUGUCAUGCCAGAAGACUCGGUUCCCCCACCCUCGCACUGUCUGCCCCGUCCAAGGGACACCGUGAUACCCCGGAAAGGCUGUGAACUCACUUGUGGGGCCGAACACUUCGGGGCUCUGUGAACACCCCGUGGGUCGCUGUGACCCCCCCGCCCCGUGAUGUUGUGAUCUCAGUGUUCUCACCUUCCUAAAAGGCAUGGUGAUCCCCUCCCCCAACAGUUAUGAACCGUCUUGUGACGCCAGGACCCAUCAGAAAUCUGAGAACACCCUAAGGGCCGCUGUGACUCCCCCACCCCCAGGGACUCUGACUCGCCAGAGAGCGCUCUGACUCCCCAAGAGGCACUGUGGCCACUACAGACAGCUGUGGACCCCCAUAGGGCUCGGUGACACUGGCUCCCCCGCCCCCCGCCAGGACCCGCAGAGGGCGCUGUGACUCCUCUCCCAGCAAGGACGGCGACCUCUGGAACCCCGUCAGUCCCGCCUGUCACCUCUGCCUGCCCUGUCUGCCGGUUCGGCGUCCGUGUCCCUGUCCUCGCUGCGGCUCUGCCUGUGUUUGGCCUUUUUCUUGGCCUGCUGUGUCCCUGUCCCUUGUCUCCGUCCGGCUGUCUCGGCCUCAGGGCUUCUCCGCUCUGGUCCUGACCCGAGGACCCCCGGUGCCCCUUCUCCGCCCGCUCGGAACCGACGUCGUGCCCACGCGAACGCGCGUUCCCAGGCCUACGCGUGACCCGGCGGGGCGGCGGCGACUCCGGCGGGCAGCCUUCCCAGCUCCAGAUGCUCCCGGCCGGGC